AUGGCCAGCAAAAAAUCCAUUGUCAGCGCCCAAUCCCUGUGCUCGCUCAACAAUGGAUGGGCCAAUGGCGUUUCGGCCUCACAAUGGAUUCGGCCAAUCACGGCGCCGCAGGGCAAACCGGCCAAAUCUCGCGGCAAGCGGCCAAAUCUCGCGGCAAGUCCGAAGCUCCAGCACCAGCACCUGCUCCAGCACCUCAAAGCACCUGCUCCACACCUGCUCCAGCCCAGCACCUGCUCCAGCACCUGCUCCAGCACCUGCUCCAGCUCUGAGGAAGAAGAAGAAGGAGAAGACGAGGGCUUCCAGGAAGACACAGUGUCAAGUCUCCUGGAUGACCCAAGCCUCACUGACUCUUCUCAGCCUGCAGCCACCUAUCUGCUCUUCCAGACUCCUGCCUCCUCCCUGCCUGCUGCGUCCACCUCCCAGCCUGCUAACUCCUCCUCCCAGGCUGCUACCUCCUCCUCCCAGCCUCCAGCCUCCUUCCAGCCUCCAGCCUCCUUCCAGCCUCCUGCCUCCUCCCAGGCUGCUACCUCCUCCUUCCAGCCUCCUGCCUCCUCCCAGGCUGCUACCUCCUCCUCCCAGUCUGCUAGUUCCUCCUUCCAUCCUGCUGCCAUCAUACCGCAGCCAGGUGUCUCCUCAGAGUCCGAGGCUGUGGAUAAUUCGUGCAUGCCAGGGUUGGACAAGGUGGACAAGUUGGCAGAGUGUCUGGUGGAGUUGAGGAACCAGUCCUCCAUGGCUCUGAGCAACCAGACGGCAAGCAACAUUGUUGCUCUGUGGCAGAACCUGGAUGAGUAUGAUAAAAAAAGAAUCAUAUUCUCUGCCAGGCACCAGAGUCGGCUGGACACGGGGAGGUUCAAGUCCUCCAAAAAAAAGCAGGACUUCACUCCAGGGGUGGAAAGUUUGAAGAGGCACAGCCUGACAACCACUGGCCCACUUGCACAGUGGCCUGACUGCUGCCGCCUGAUAGAGACUAUAUUUAUCAGGCUCUGCUCUAUUCACCGUAGUCCCAAGAAGAAGGGGGCUGGCACGCUGUCCAGAUGGCUGCUAAUCCUGGAUGACUAUCGUAAAGUCAGGCAGUGCAUUCUUGACAACGGGAUAGUCAUGCAGGAGACCACCCUGCAGCUGGUGGACGUGAGCCAUACAACCCUGGUGCAGUGGCACAAUAAGAGGGUGAAGAAGCAGGACAAUGCAGUUGUCAUACAAGGGCUAAAUAUGCCCAGUCAAAUGUCCUGGCAGCUCACCCCCUUAUUUGUGCCACUCAACCACCAGCAUCAACACCCACCUUGCCGAGCCCGGCACACCUCUAUACGCUGCCCAGCAGCACUGUCGGACAGGCCAGGUUAAAGAGGAAGUCGGAGCGGCAGCUCUUUCCUGCUCCAUCCCUGGCCCCUCAGCUGGUGGUUCGACAGCCACCUUUCCUUCUCCCAUCCAAUGCCACAAGGCAGUUGUUCCCCGCUUCACCCUCGGUCCCUCAGAGGCUUGUUCCUGCUCUGGCUCCUGCUCCUGGCCCUGCCACUGCUCCUGGCCCUGCUCCUCGCCCUGCCACUGCUCCUGGCCCUGCUCCUCGCCCUGCCACUGCUCCUGGCCCUGCUCCUGGCCCUGCCACUGCUCCUGCCACUGCUCCUGGCCCUGCUCCUGGCCCUGCUCCUGCUCCUGCCACUGCUCCUGGCC